AUGGAUCAAUUGAACUCAACCAUCACUUCAGGGUCCGAUGCAGAUUUGAUUGCAACAAUAGAAAAUGUCACACUUCAACUUGUUCGCUACUUUUCAAUUUUUAUCUUUCUUUUUGGUUCGAUUGGAAAUAUUCUCAAUGUUUUAAUUUUGUCCCAAAGAUCAUUUCGUUCUAAUUCAUGUGCUGUACUCUUCCUAUUCUCAUCAGUGGUAAAUUUUGUUGCCAUUAUUUCUGGUCUUCCUUCACGAAUAUUAUCUGGUUGGGGAGCUGAUCUAACAGCAACAAAUCGAUGUUUUUGCAAACUUCGUGGUUUCGUUGUGAAUACUGCAAGACCAGUAGCGAUUUGGUAUAUACUUUUCGCUAUGAUUGAUCGAUGGCUUCUGUCAAGUCUUAAAUUACAGCGUCGACAGAUGAGCUCAUUGAAAAAUGCUAAACGAGUUAUGAUUAUUAGUCUCAUUUUAGCUACUAUGAUUUUUUCACAUGUUAUCUAUUGUCAUGAGCCAAAUCGUAUUAAUGCUCCACAGAAAUGUUAUGGUAUAACAAUAGCAUGUCGAUUUAUAACCGAUAUGUCAUUUAUGGUUCUUACUAUUCUUCCUUUACCUCUGAUGUUAAUGUUUGGUUUAAUGACCAUUUACAAUGUUCGUCAAUCACGAAAGCGAAUCGCUCAUCGAGAUACAUUAAUGGUAAGAAAUAUGGUCACAGUCAAUACGAACCAACAACGUCGAUUAACUAAGCAAGAUUAUAAUCUAUUAAUUAUGCUUCUUGUACAAAUUUUUAUUCUUUUCAUAUUAUCUCUUCCGUUGGCUUUUCAGAAGUUAUACUCAGCAAUAGUGACUGAUACAUCAUCAUCUUCAUUGCAAGAUGCUAUUAACGAUUUGUUCUAUAAUUUUUCACAAUUACUUCAUUUCUUAUCAAAUGGAAUGACAUUCUAUAUUUAUACGUUGGCUGGUGGAAAAGUGUUUCAUAGGAAAUUUCAUCCAAUUGGUCUAUCUGUAUGUACUGAAGAAAAACAAAAAGAUUUUGAAUUCAUCUUUAAAGCUAUUCGUGAUGGUUUAUUUAAAUUAGAUAAUAGUAGCACAUACAAACCUGAUGUUUUGAUUGCUGACGGUUCAGAUGCUAUUAGAAAUGCAUUUAAUUGUAUUUUUGAAUCAAAUAAAAUGGUUAUGUGUUGGGCUCACGUGCGCAUAUAUUUAGAUAAAAAAUUAUGCCUAAUCAAUGAUAACAAUGAGCGUCAUGAAGUAAUAAGUGACAUUGAAAAGCUUCAAAUAUGUAACUCAACGCAUUAUUUUCAAUUAGCAUUGGAAUUAUUUUAA